AAUCCAGUGAGUGACAUUCUUGAUUUGAAAAUCCGUUUGGUUCCACUGGCCGCCUCACUCACUUGUUCGUUCGUUCGUUCGUUCGUUCACUUUCACACGGCCUUUGGACGUCUUCGUACCUGGACAGCCGCUCAAUAAGUAGAAACACGUGUGGGUUAGUGAACGUGGAACAACCAUGGUCCUUCCGGUUUCCAAAGAAGAUGUGCAAAAACACUUACGGGAUUUAGGCUACACCACUAUCACGGAUAUUCAACUGGACGAAUUCAUGAAAGACCUGAAGCGUCUCAUCAAAUACGAGGAGCGCCAAUCGCGUCUCCACUCCAUUCAACAACAUCGGAAGAAGGCCCCCGAUCGUUCGUCGUCGUCCUCUUCAGCCUAUUCGAGCUCAUCCUCCCGGGCUCAAACCCCUUCCGAGGAUGACCAUUCCAGCUCCAUUCACUUGGUUCGAGGACAAAAGCGAAUGCGUCAGAGGAAAGUGUUCCAAUACGCCCAAGGGCAGACUUCAGUGGCCUUGGAACACACGCGAAAAGACCACAUUGACGCCACUUCAGCCACGUGGCACAGCUCAGGCGGAUCUACCUUGACUAGCUCAACGGUCAGCUCGAGGUCGGAGGCUGAAAUUCGGGUGCGGGUUCAGGUCGCUCCUGAUGGUCAGGUUCGUCAACGGAGCCAAUCGAUGGUGCCUUUUGGCACGAAACCUACGACCUCGUUCAUUCGACCUCCAAUAGAGGCGCCCGUGACAAGAGAUGCCAAAAGAGAUCCCGUCAAACUUCAUCAGUACUACCAGAGCUAUUGGAACAAGUUCCGAGUCCCAGGGGACGAGGGACAGGCCCAUAAAGAUGCUCGCUGGGCAGUGCGAGAAUGGAUGAUGGGUCACAAAGAAUAAUAUAAUGAUAGGGUAAAUUUUGUCUCGAUUUUCGGGUAUGACUUAAGGGUCAACAUAGCCUAAGUCGCUGGUCAAGCUGUGAAAUGAAUGCUGAGCAGUGACAUCUUUCGUAUAUUUGGACUUAAACCUUGAGCGUGAUCGUCUGCGAGGUCAUGCAAUUGUAGAGGAAUAAAUUACUGAUAGGCACA